AUGCGGCAAAUGUAAUAAAAAGUGUUAUUAAAUCGUUCGAAGAUUUAAGAAAUCCUGUUGCGUUUUCACAAAUGUGGAAAGAAAUAUUACAAUUUUGUGAAGACCAUAAUUUAACAAUUGAAAAACCAUUUCAAAGUUGUAAAAGAAAAAGGUUACAGCCAAAAAGCCUAUCAAGUUUUGUCAUGAGUACAACUACAAGUGCUCAAUACAACACUCCUGAGGAAUUAGAGGAAAGUAAAGAAGAUUAUUUCAGAUGUCAUGCUUAUUUUCCUAUAUUGGAUUGUAUAAUUGAGAAUAUGAAUAAACGAUUCACGCCCGAAAGUUUAGAAAUGGCAACAUCUAUAGAUAACUUUUUCAAACUAGAUUUUGCACUAAGAUUUGUUAAGUAUUUCUGA